GAGGGGGGGCAGUGCUUCAGGGCUGUAGGAGCGGCGGGAGAGGGACAGCGAGGCCGAGGGGGACGGGCCCCCUUGGGGAACUGGCCGGGCUGCGCGGGCUGGGAAGAGGGGGCGGAGAGCUAGGAGCCGGCGGAGCGGCGGCCGGCGCAGCUGCCGCCCUGCAGUGUCUGGGCUGAGCCGGAGGGAGGCGGGGAGGGCCGCGCAGGGGCGGCUGCCACCGCCGCCAGGCCGCCGGGCCGAGAUGCGGCUGCCGCCCGAGCCGCGCUGACCGUCCAGGGCGGAAGAGGAGGAGGAGGAGGAAGGCUCCGAGCGAGCUGGGGGGGAUGCCGAGAAGCGGUCGAGGCCCCGCACCCCACGCCGACGAGCCCUCCGUGCGUCCGGCCCGCAGGGCGACGAGCUAGACGGCGCGGCGCGGCGAGCGGCCCAUGUCCGGCGCGGGCGAAGCCGUCGCUCCUCCGCCCCGGCGCGGGGCCGAGGCGGGCAGCGGCCGGCCGGGCGCCCCGGCCGCGGAAAAAUGUGAUAAAGAAAAUACUGAGAGAGAUGUAACUCAUGCUACCAAUAGCUGUUUUACACACGGAGAGACACAUGACCAGUCAACGUGGGGAAAUUGUUCAGAUGACAAACUUAUCCGAACCCAACCUCAGCGCUUGCCCCAGCUUCAAAUGUCAGCACAGGAACCAAGUGAGGAGGAAAUAGUGAAGAUAAAGAACGGCCACACAAGUCUGAGCAAUGGAAAUGGAAUUCACCAUGGAGCGAAACACGUAUCUGCAGAUAAUCGAAGACUUUCAGCGCCUGUUACUCAAAAAAUGCAUAGAAAACUUCAGUCCAGCUUGUCUGUAAACAGUGAUAUCAGUAAGAAGAGUAAAGUAAAUGCUGUCUUUUCCCAAAAGACAGGCUCUUCACCUGAAGAUUUGUUUCUUUCGAUUGAGACACUAUCUGUCCCUUGGCUGCCUACCCUAUUAUGUCUGUUUCAGCAAUAUUGCUGUGUCCACUGUAUCCUGGCCUGCCUGUUCUGUGAAUUCCUGACGCUCUGCAACAUUGUCCUGGGACGCGCUGCAUGCGGCAUCUGCACCUCAGAAGCCUGCUGCUGUUGCUGUGGGGAGGAGAUGGGGGACGACUGUAGCUGCCCUUGUGACAUGGACUGUGGCAUCAUGGAUGCCUGUUGUGAAUCAUCAGACUGUUUGGAAAUCUGUAUGGAAUGCUGUGGAAUUUGUUUCCCUUCAUAAAUAUUUAUCUUCUGUUUGUGUUAAAACUGGAGUGUUUUACAUUUUUCUUUUUUAAGGGGGAAGAAAAGCACAUGGCAAGAUUCUCAUGAAGCAACCCAGUAUUUGCACUGUUCACUCAUUAAUUUCUGAAAACCUUUUUUUCUCUAACCAAAUUUACAUGGUUUAAUAUGUGAAACUUUAACUGCUUUUAAACUUUAAGAGGUUACAGUGACUGAGGGACAUUCUGACAAAAGAAAAUGGUAAAUGACUUCUCCUUGUUACAUAUGCUUCUGUUUCUUUUAACCAUUCUCAGGAGCCCCUGGCUCCAAACGCAGUAUUUCUCAGUGGGUAUUUAAACCAGACAAUGUGAUGUCUGUUAAUGGCUAAAAGUAAGCAUUCUCUACUUUAAAGUAAACUUUGGGAAACAAACCCACACACCAGUUGGGCACCCAGUGUCCACGCCCACACUCUGUUCUUCACUUUCCCCGCUUGCUCGGCAGCCGUGCAGUGCCUGCCGUGUAUAAUCUCCUGCUGGGAUGCAGAGAUGAAUGUCAUUCUGCUCCCAUCCGAAGGAGCAUACAGUUUCGCAGAGGAGAGAGCUCUGUAAAGAGUGAACCAUUCCACAAGGCAUACGGAAGUGAGGAUUAUGAGAGAGAGAAACUCCAAAGGCUAUAGGAAUACACAGAAAAGAACAGCUAAUGUCUACUGGAAUAUUCAGAAGGCUUCAAGGAGAAUGUGACAUUUCAGGAAGCCUCUUAGGAUGAGUGUUUCAUCUGCUGCUUGAAUGAAUUAGAUUUAAGAACAAGUUUUAGGUGGAUAGCCUGAACUGUGUGUGCUUGUAAGCAGUUAAAAGAAAAAAGCCUUAUGUAUUUUUGUUAGUUGCAGGAAUGCAGCUUUUUUUUAACUACAAAAUUCAAAAGUGCGCAUUUUCUUACUCAUAAUUUAAAUGUUAGUUUUUGAAGAAAACAUAAUGCCUUAUAAAAUAGCUAUAUAUUUUAUGAAGAAUGUGGAAUACUUUUGACAAAUUUCACUUAAAUUGGGAGACUUUUAUAUUCUAAGUCCAGUAUUCUGAUUUUGAUUUAUUCAAAAGCUUCCCUUUUUUUUAAAGAGCUUUAAGUCUUUUGUGGGGGGGGAGGGAGGUUGGUUGUUUUGGUUUGUUUCUUAACCAAUGUUAUAUUUUAUAAACACAUUUAAUCUUAAAUGCAGACAAUUCCUCCUAAGCCAGUGGGAAUCUUGACAUCCACUACUGUGACCAAAUUUUACUAUUGCAGUUUUAUGUUAAAUUAAGCUAAUAUGACUGGUUAUAAAGAUCCUUAGGCACAAAGAAAUAAGUCUGUUAAUUAGAAGACUAAGUCAAUACUUUUUAAGACAUAGAGACUUUGUGUGGUGCAGAUGAAAGGGGAAGUAUAUUUUCGUACUAUGUUGUUCUUCUAAGUUUGAUCUCCCCCAAUUAUAGUUUGGUUUGAUUUACUGUAAUUCCUUGUAGAAAUUUUCAAAGUAUACUUUUGGAUUGAUUAAUAGUUAUUUUCAAUUAUUCUGGUCGAAAGUCAAACUGAUAAUAAAAACAAAUGUAUAUUUUUAGGAAACUUUUAGCAAACCUAACCUUUUAAGAAAGAUUUUAAACCUAAAGCAUGGUAAUGUCACCUAUGACUUUUCCUUUGUUACGAAACCUACUUUCUACUUAUACCAUUGUUUGAUGGGCUUAAGAAAGAAGAAAAUAGCAAACUCUUCAGUCCCCUUUCAGUGCUAUUUACACACACACACACACACACACACACUUUAAAUGUCGGGUUUAAAGAGAAUUCUAGUAAACAGCUGUCUUUUUCCUCCUUGUCUAAAGAUCAUCUUUCAUUUAUUACAUCAACUAUGAGAUCAUCUUUGUGCUAUUUCAUAGUAACCAGAGUCUGAAUACUUACAUAUACCCAAAGUUAACUUAAGCGUAUAUAUUAGAAUGUAAGAGUAUUCAUCAGUGUACUAACAUAUAAAGCCUUCCAAUGACCUGUAAUUUUUAAAAUAUUUCACUUGUAUCCUGCAAAAUUUUUCAACCAACUGGUUUGUCUAAUAUUUAAAUAUAUUCUGCUACUAUUUGCAAUGAAAAUAUUAGCACUUUUAAAAUAAUGUUUCUCUGUAACAGAGAACAUAUUAGCUGAUAGCAGAAUUUUAUUUUCAUAUUUAUAUUCAGUUUUCCUCCAUUGUCUACUCUGCAGUUAUUCCAUAAAGUACCUUAUAUGAUUUUUUAAUAUGAAAAAAAAAGUAAAUAAAUGUGAAAAUCAUUCCAAUAUGUUUUAGCAUGUCUGUAUGGACAAUGUUUUGCUGAGUUAUAUGACCAUCAUGACUAAGUACUAUAGUUUACAGUUUUAGAUUUGGUCUCUUUUUAAAUGUGGAAACUUAAUCUUAUAUAUUUUAAAACUGGAUUAUCCUGUAUUAGCCUGAAAACAUUAUUUUGAAAUUAAAAAAACAUAACUUCUCUGU